AUGUUCUUUCCGAGACUCACUCCUGCGCUGAUUCUCAGUGCUACUGUCGCCAAUGGAUAUUUGGUUCCAAGGCAGAACGGCCCAGUCGACCCGGGCACUGCGCCAGACUGCAGGCUGUACGACGAUGCCUUGGAUAUCACAUAUAAUUGUGCAUACUUCGAACAGACGUGGGGGGUCAGCCAUGCGGACUUCGUGUAUUGGAAUCCAAUUGUGAAAGACGAUUGCAGUGGGAUCAGGACCGGCAACUCCUAUUGCAUCGAUGCAAAGAAAGGAGCUCCAGGAACAUCAUCCCCUCCGGGAACCACAACAGCUCCUUCAAGCACAACUGCUGCUCCAGGAACCACGACUACUUCAACGCCUACUCAACCCACUCCGACGGCAAACCCGACGCCAUCGCCAAUCCAGGAUGGCAUGGUAAACACAUGCGCGAGGUUCUAUCAAGCCGUCAGCGGAGAUACCUGUGACAAGAUUGCCGUCAAAUUUGGGACCUUCACUCUGAAAGACUUCGUCACUUGGAACCCCGCCGUCAAUGACGAUUGCUCGUCGCUCUGGGCGGGAUAUUACUACUGUGUAGGUGUUCCAGGGACACCUACAGUUCCUCCCACCACAACGAUGUCUCCCACCACCACCGCCCCAACCGGGCCAUCCCCGACGCAGGGAGGCAUCAUCGCAACGUGCAACCGGUGGCACAAAGCUGAGUCUGGGGACAAUUGUUUGAAAAUUGUUGACAAGUACGGCGCCUUUUCGUUGGCAAUGUUCCAGAGCUGGAACCCAGCAGUUGGUCCCGACUGUAGCGCGCUUUGGGCGGGAUUUUACUAUUGUAUCGGCGUUCCAGGAACUCCCACUCAACCUACAUCUACAUCACGGCCUCCCACGAUAACUGCUCCCUCGGGACCCUCGCCAACCCAGCCCGGUAUCAUCAGUACGUGCAACAGAUUCCACAAGGCGGUUUCCGGAGACACAUGCUAUGUCAUCGCCAGUAAGUACGGAACUUUCACUGUGGAGCAGCUCAUCCAGUGGAAUCCCGCUGUGAAUUCGGAUUGCUCUGCCCUCAUCCUAGGUUACUAUUACUGCAUCGGUAAGAUUACAUAA